UACACGUAAAGGUGUACUUACGUUUAUGUAAUUGUGCAUUUAUGGUAUACAAUUUCACGUGAAUAAAAUACAGUUGAAUGACAGCAUAAUUUACAUUAUCAUUUUGUGCAGCUGAAAUUGUUUGUAGCACAAUAUGAUGCUUAAAAUGUGGGAAUCUGCGGAUAAAAUUGUGAGGAAAGAUGUGAUAAAUCCUGGAUUUUUUUUGUGGAAACCGACGGAAUGCGCCAGUUGCGGUGUUCUUAUUGAAAAUAUACAGGUUGUUAACACAUCCGCAGAUGAUUUGAAAGAAAAAUUUAAUUCGACUAUUUUAGAUGGUACAAAUGAAAAAACAUUAGUUAUUGGUGAAGCUAAUUGUGAAAUAGAUUGCCAUAUUGAACGAGCAAUUCAAAUGAUGAAUAUACAUGAGAAGAGUGUAGUCACUUUGAAUAUUUCAUUAGAAAACAAUGAUAAGCCUUUAAUUAUAAAAUUCGAAGUAACAUUAACUAAAAUGGAACCAUAUGAGCCAAUCUGGGAAUGGACACCAGAAGAAAAGUACAGAAUAGCAUUAAAAUAUAAAGAAUUUGGUGUUGUUUUGUUUCAACAAUCUAGAUGGGUUGAUGCAUUUCAUAAAUUUAGUAAGGCUUGUAAAAUACUUAUAACAUUGGAACCAAUAUAUGAUUUAAAGCUAGACAAAAGAUUGGAAGGGGAUAUUAAUAAUUUGAGAUUGGUAUUGUAUAACAAUAUGGCUGGAUGUCAAUUGAAUCGUAAAAAUUAUGAAUACACUAUUUCCUUGUGUACCAAAAUUUUGAAUAAAGAAACCGAUAAUGUUAAAGCUUUAUACAGAAGAGGAGUAGCAUAUGGAAGUUUAAGAAAUGUGGAAAAUGCAGUUGCCGACUUAAAAAUGGCUGUUACAUUAGAACCAAACAAUUGUGCUGUUAAAGAAAAACUUUUAAUUUACAAUACUAAAGUGCAAGAAGCAAAUGAAAAAUUUGAAGACAUGGUGAAAAAAAUGUUUAAGGUAUAA